AUGGCCCCGAUACCAAAUAGUGAUUUCCCAAUCAGUCGUUUCCUGACUUGGGCACCUUUCCGCCUGGACGCCCUUGGUUUAAUCACCCUCCUUGGAGCCGACGAAGUCGCAAGAGCUAUUGGCUCACUCACAAGAAACGCUCUCACGGACUAUCUUCCACUUUUUGGAGCCUUCAAAGUUGCGAGCAACCAAAUUGCUAGUGUCGAACCUGGAUUCGCUCUUUACAAUCUGACCGACGGCAUUUGGGUUACGGAACUCGCACCUUGGUUCACACGCUGGCUUCAUACAAACCUUGAAUAUGACUAUAAUGUACUCCACUGGAUUGUCCGAGAAACUCCCCGCGAUAUGCCCACACGAGCUUGGGUGUCCAUGUUAUUAGGCUUCGCGGUAAACUUUGGUCUUGUAGCUUUGAGCGGCGUCCAGGCAGACUGGUAUGGUGUGGCCAAUGCCUGCUCGAUGCUGAUCCAAGUCGUUUCACGAGCAUCUAUUACCGCUAGCUACCGUGCAGACAUCGACACAAGGGCGCAAAACUUCCACAAGAAAAGGAUCAAGCAGGACAAAACACCCGACGAUCUGGAUGCUUUAUCCGGGAAGAAGCUCUUGAUUGUGCACCCUGACGGACGAUUGGCCAUUUGCCAUGUCCCUGGAGGACUCAUUGGGAGUAUGCUCGACAUCAAACAACCGCGACCGGUUUGGAAUACCACUUCAUUGACGAACAUCAUCCCUGCCUUGAUGUCCAAGAGCAGACGGAGGCUAUAUCUGAGGCACUGGAAGCAGCUUAAGCUACUGAUUUUGCGAGCGCUCGCCUGGUUGUCUUUCGGAGUACAGCUGGUUGCUAUCGGCCAGGCAACUCUGCUCACGCAAAUGUGCACCGUUGCAGUGAUGACAAUCGCAAGCGUUGGGGCAAUAUUCAAUAUUGGAGUACAGAAGCGCGAAGAGGUUGGCAUUUGGUUGCUUGUCCACCAGUGUCAAGCCGGUGCUCAAGGUCGAACAGCGACAUACGUGAUGCUCGAGCCCAACGAAGCCGAAGAGGAAUACAUGCGGGAUCGAGGAUUGCUGCCGGACAAGCGUAACGUUUCUUGGUACGACAAGUGGGAGGUCGCUAAGGUCCAGUGGUUACAGGGAAAAACUCAGGCUGGCUUGGACGAUCUGGUUGCAGAAGCAAAGACCGAAGAUCAGAAGGAGUUGCUUGGUCUCUGGCCGAACAACGCUGCUCUCCUGGAUUUGAGCAGGCCGGAGGUUGCAGGAAAAGCAAGCAUUUUGACCAAAGACAGCAAGGCAUGA